CAACCUCAAAAUGCCUCUCAAGGAAGUCCCCAGACCAUACCCCCUCAUCGACUCUGACCCCCAUUUCAGCAGGGUGGUCAGGUACAUGCGACCGAACGACUAUGCCUUGUGGGCUGGAGCCGCCGCUGCUGGACCUGGAUUGUUGUGGCUUUAUGAACGCGUAGACCCUACAAGGUCUAACCCUGCAAGCCUCCGAAAUGCCCUCCGAUUGACUGGUAUCUUGGGUUUCUUCGGUGGCUUCUUGCUCGCUUACCAACAAUCGACUUUCCGAUUCUGGGGCUGGAGGGAAAACGCGGCCGAAGUUCAGAAGGACCAAACCGAGCUUUCCCAACGAGCCAGGGAGGGCAAGCCUCUGUACGGCGAGAGUCAGCUCGAUCCUUAUCUCCAAGGUGUUGCGGCGAGGAACUCUACGUGGUCUCAGUUGAAGUUGCACGCUUUCCCUUGGUUCAACGUUGCCAACCACAACUCCCACGGCGUCGACACCUCAAAAUACACCUCUGACUCUCCCAACCAACCCUCGUAAAGCCUUUGUUUACCACACUUCCUCAACGAUCAGCCUCUUACUCUUAUCCAAUCUCGACAUCUACUCAUCACCAAAGGUGUCAUCAACUCAAAUCACAACCUAUUACACACAUGAUAAAGACAGCUGCCGGCGCUUUCGUAUAUUUCUAGGAGCAUUGGCGGCAGUGGAAUUGCGGAUGCAUGAUUUUAGAAAAAGGUUUGACCUGAUAUGCUAUUUGGAACAACG